AUGGCUGACGGAGUGCCCCACGUCGGGCGCAAGCCUGCCACUGUCCUUUCUGCCACCGAGCUGAUUGGCAAUUCGCCCCUCGUCCGACUCAACAAGGUGCCGCAGUCGCUGGGAGUCGAGUGCGAGGUCUACGCAAAGACAGAGCUGUUCAAUGCGGGAGGCAGUGUCAAGGACAGAAUCGCUUUGCGAAUGGUUGAGGAGGCCGAGAAGAGCGGCAGGAUAAAGCCUGGUGAUACCUUGAUUGAGCCCACCAGCGGCAACACUGGUAUCGGUCUUGCGCUUGUCGGCGCCAUCAAGGGAUACAAAACCAUCAUCACCAUGCCCGAGAAAAUGUCGGCCGAGAAGGUGUCCGUUCUGCGUGCCCUUGGCGCCACCAUCAUCCGUACGCCAACCCAGGCUGCCUGGGACGCACCCGAAUCACACAUUGGAGUCGCUCGCCGUUUGGAAAAGGAAAUCCCCAACGCCCACAUUCUCGAUCAAUACGGCAAUCCUGACAACCCUCUUGCUCACGAGCACGGCACCGCUGAGGAGAUUUGGGAGCAGACCGGUGGCAAGAUUACGGCCGUUGUUGCUGGUGCGGGCACUGGUGGCACCAUUACCGGUAUUGCGCGCGGUUUGAAGAAGCACAGCAAGGAUAUCAAGAUUAUUGCUGCCGAUCCCCAGGGCAGCAUUCUUGCUCUGCCAGAGUCGCUCAACCAGGAACACAUUAACGAGCCAUACAAGGUUGAGGGCAUUGGAUACGACUUCAUCCCCGACGUCUUGGAGCGCGAAAUUGUCGACAAGUGGUACAAGACAGAUGAUGACGAGUCAUUUGUUCUCGCUAGACGCCUGAUUGCCGAAGAGGGCCUUCUCGUUGGUGGCUCUUCGGGAUCGGCCAUGGCUGCCAUGCUCAAGGCCGUCAAGGAUUUCGGCUUCAAGAAGGGCGAUGUUGUUGUUGUCGUUUUGCCCGACAGCAUCCGCAGCUACCUGUCCAAGUUUGCCGACGACGACUGGCUCGCUGCCAACGGUCUCCUGUCCGCUGGCAGCGCGGAAGUUGCUCUCGCCAAAAAGGCAACUGGCGGUGAUGCUGCCGAUCCCUAUGCCGGCGCCACCAUUGCCUCUCUCCGUCUCAAGCCCGUCACGUCGGUUGCCGACACUGCCUCCUGCUCCGAAGCCAUUGAGACCAUGCGCGACAAGGGCUUCGACCAGCUCCCCGUGCUGUCUGCCUCAUCCAAGCUCGUCGGUCUCGUCACCCUCGGCAACUUGCUGUCGUACAUUUCCCGCGGUCGUGCCACACCCCAGAGUCCCGUCAAGGACGUCAUGUUCAACUUCAGCCGCCUCGACGAGAUUGUCACCGACCCCCGACAGAGCGCUUCUGUCGCCAAGUCCAAUGAUCCCAAGAGAAAGUUUGUCGAAAUUACCCUCGACACACCCCUGUCCACGCUCAGCAAGUUUUUUGAGUGGAACAGCGCGGCCGUUGUCACCGAACGCAGUGCCGAGAAGGGAUCCUUGUCCAAGCCUAUUGCGGUUGUGACAAAGGUUGACCUGUUGACUUGGAUGGUGAAUAAGAAAUAG